CGCUCCUGCUCGGGUUAACCAAGUAGAACCACGUACCACGUCGAGAUGAGUGAGGAGAAGCGCGUAGUUUAUCUCGAGGAUGUCGAAAACACGACAUCCACGAAUGAUAAUACCAUGCCCUCUGCAUCACAGGAGUCGACGAAAUCCGUCGCUUCAGCCUCGGCAGCACCGGGCAAGAGACAGCGGUCUUUGCUCGACAUGUUUGCAGGUUCUCAAGGUUCGCGCUCUGACAAGGACACUGAACCUGCGGCGAAAAGGCAGAAGAAGGGGACCCUCAAGAUCACUGCAAGCUCGACUUCUGGCAUUCAACGCCUCAACUUCAUUCCAUUCUCUCUGGCCGAGUACCUGGAAUCCAUUCCAGAAGAGCAUAGAGAUCUUCUCAAACUAGAAUGCGAAUGUAUGGGUAAAAGUUGGCUGAAGCUAUUAAAGGACGAAAUCAAGAAACCGUACUUUAUAGCCCUGAAGAAGUUCCUUUGGGAAGCAGGAGUUCGUGGCCCGGAUGACAGCGUGAAGGGUCUCAAGGUUUACCCAUCUCCCCGCAACAUAUACUCCUGGUCCAAAACGCCGCUUGGCAAGGUCAAAGUUGUUAUCGUCGGACAGGAUCCUUACCACGGUUCCAAUCAAGCACACGGGCUUUGCUUUUCUGUUCCAAAGGGCGUAAGCGUUCCGCCGUCUCUACGCAAUAUAUAUGCAGAGAUCAAAUCUGAGUAUCCUGAAUUCCAACCUCCCACUCAUGGAAACUUGUCAACCUGGGCAGAGAACGGGGUCCUCAUGCUGAACACGUGCCUCACCGUCCAAGCCAAUGAGGCAGGGUCUCACUCGGGGAAGGGCUGGGAACAAUUCACGGACAAAGUCGUCGAUGUCGUGGACAAGUACGGUGGUGCUAACCUGAGUUCGGGCGACGAUGACUCCGACGUUCGCGGAAUCGGACGAGGCGUGGUGUUUUUGGCGUGGGGUGCUUGGGCCGGGAAGCGUGUUGCCAAAUUAAACAAGACCAAACACCUGAUACUGGCUAGCGCGCACCCCUCCCCUUUCAGUGCCCACAAAGGCUUUCUGGGCAAUGGGCAUUUUAAAGCCGCCAACGAUUGGCUCGAGAACAAGUACGGUCCAGAAGGCAAAGUGAAUUGGUGCCAACUGGACUAGGCGUGACGACUGGACCCAGAUAAGCUACACACAUACCUUGCAUGUUGAUACCCUAUACAUAUAUACUUGUCGGCUAUUGUAUAUACCAUAGAACAUGGAGUUAAUGAUCUUUAGCUGCUGUGUAGAGGGUCGUUUCGAAAUGACCGCCGCCGACGCGUCUGUAGAGCGUCAUCAGAGAUUAGAUCGGCGAUCGCGGGUCUA